AUGUCCCAAAGAAAGGCAAUCAUCAUCGGUGGCGGUCCAGCUGGUCUUUCUACCGCCCUCCGUCUCCACCAAACAACAGACAUUUCCUGCACCGUCUAUGAACUCCGUCCAGAACCUACAACUCUAGGAGGUGCAAUUGGUAUAUUCUCCAAUGGCUUGCGAUUACUUGACCGCCUCGGAGUGUACGACUCCCUGCUAUCCCGUGGUAGCAGUCAUUCCAACCUCACCAUUCACUCCUUGCAAGGCAGUGUCCUUGGUGAGCAGGAGAUAGUGGGCGGAGCGAAAGAGAAGAUGGGAUUUGGGUACAUGCGCAUCAAGCGGGUUGACCUGCAGGAUGUACUCUUGGAAGCAGUCCACAAAGCAGACAUCCCAGUUCACUUCGAUAAACGACUUACCACCAUCGAAGAGAAUCAAGACAGCGUAACAGUGACCUUCUCCGAUGGAACGACCGAUACCGCAGACAUCCUCCUUGGAUGUGAUGGAAUCCAUUCUCAAGCUCGACGACUAUAUGUCGACCCAGCUCAAGUCCCAGAGUACUCCGGCCUCUCUAGUCUAUUCUCCAUCAUCCCGACAUCCACCUUGACCAAAUCACCAAUUCGAGGCAUGAACGCAACCCUCACCCAAGAAGGAAUGUUCAUGGCGACAACCUGCACUGCAUCUGACGACGAAAUCUACUGGGGGUUCUCGAAACAAGUCCCUCUCCCUGAUUCCAACGAUACGAGAGAUGGAUGGGAAGUGCAUCGCAAGGAGGAAGUAGAGGGAUUCAAGGAUAGUUUGCUUGGAUUGUUGGAGAAUGCACACGGAGAGUGGGCGGCCACAUUGAAGGAGAUUGUCAGCGAGACCUCUUCCAUGCAGUUCUUUCCAGUCUAUCGACUGCCAUUUGGGGGUGCCUGGUCGAAAGGACGAUGUCUUCUUCUCGGAGAUGCUGCGCAUGCGAUGCCACCGCAUGCAGGACAGGGCGUGUCAAUGGCUUUGGAAGAUGCGUUUUUUAUCGCGCGUCUUUUAAAGGAUCCGUCAGCUUCUGUGGCAGAUAUUUACGAGAGAUUUGACAAGAUCAGAAGACCGCGUGUCGAUGAACUCGCCCGUCUCGCAGCCCAGAACGCGAAGGUCAGAAAGAACAGCGGACCUUGGGGCUUAUGGAUGAAGGAAUGCGCGAUUUGGGCAUAUAUGGGGAUUUCUGGGAGAGUCGGGUGGGAUAAGUCGACACCAAAGCAUUUGUUAUAUGAUAUUGAGGAGGCAUAG